ACAUGGUGACGUGUCAGAGAGUAACAAUCAUGGAACAGGGAAUAAGGCGAAAGAGGCAGCCGCCGCAGCCCCAGGCGCCCGGAGAGUCCAUGGUGCAAUGAAUCCCGCUGCGACCAGAUUCAGCCCACAAGAGAAUAAACCCAGCAGCACUCACGCUGGCUAAUUUUAGCUAAUAACCACUCUGCCUGAUUGCUGUGGCAGAAAGUGAGAGAUGGAUAUGGCUUCCUUAUUGUGGCAUUGAACUGUAUGCAUACUUCCUGCUUGGACUGCUCUCGCAAUUCAAACCCAUCAUGACAGGCUCUACUUCCAAUGCCCACCACUGCCCCCAUCCCAAGGGAGCCAAAGGGGGCCGGUCAAGAAGCACUCAUGCACGGCCUGUCAGCACUGCCAACAACGGGGGCUCGGAAGAAGAAGACAAAGAUGGAGGGGUGCUUUUCCUCGUCAAUAAAAGUGGCUUCCCUAUCGAUGGGCAGACCUGGGAGAGGAUGUGGGUGCAUGUGGCAAAGGUGCACCCUGCAGGCAGAGAGAUGGUGGAGACAAUAAGGAAUGCUGCAUACCUGGCUAAACCUUCAGUACCACCAGUGCCAAACUACAGGCUCUCCAUGUCUAUCCCAGAAUGGCUUCAGGCAAUACAGAAUUACAUGAAGAUGCUGCAAUACAAUCACACAGGAACUCAGUUCUUUGAAAUUAGGAAAACAAGACCUCUAAGUGGGUUAAUGGAGACGGCAAGAGAAAUGACCAGGGAAUCCUUACCUAUCAAAUGCCUUGAAGCAGUUAUCCUGGGGAUAUACUUAACCAAUGGGCAGCCUUCCAUGGAACGAUUCCCCAUCAGCUUUAAAACCCACUUCUCAGGAAACUAUUUUCAUCAUGUGGUGCUUGGGAUUUACUGCAAUGGCCGGUACGGGUCACUGGGCAUGAGCAGAAGAUCAGAUCUGAUGGACAAACCUUUGACCUAUCGAACUCUGACCGAUCUCGUCUUUGAAUUUGAAGAUUCCUAUAAAAAGUAUCUACAUUCAGUCAAAAAAGUAAAAAUUGGAUUAUACGUCCCACAUGAGCCACACAGCUUUCAGCCCAUUGAGUGGAAGCAGCUGGUCCUCAAUGUAGCAAAGAUGUUGCGGACAGACAUAAGGAAGGAGCUGGAGAAAUAUGCCAGGGAUAUGAGAAUGAAGAUUCUGAAACCCUCAAGUGCCCACUCUCCAAUCAAAGAGCGAUCACGAGGCAAGUCACUGUCCCCUCGCCGAAGGCAGGUCAGCCCUCAGAGACGGGUGUGCAGAAGAGACAAAUCGCCUGCAGUGAUGGACAAGAAAGUGGGUGAUCUCACUACAUUGAAUGAACAUUUCUGGGAGUACUAUAUUACUGCAUUCGAUGCACCCUGCCACUCUUUACUAUGUGCAUGCCUAUGAAAAAGUGUAAGGUUUGAUUUAUAUGCAAGUGUCUUAGAAACACAGAGAACCAGUUGAGGUUUCUAUUGGUUUUUUUAAUAACCGACCAACAAUGAAUUUUUUACAAUUUCUUAAUUUUUUUUUAAACUUUGCAGACUACAGUGUUAAAGCACAAGACCUGGAGAUCAUUGUUUUGUAGAGACUAGCAUUUGCACUGUAUAAACAGUCAAACUGUGUGUACAGUCUGACUCACGAGGAAGUGUCGGAAUCAAUAGGCUUCCUUGAGAGUUUACUUUUCUAUCCAUAUUUGUGUGUAAUUUUGAAUCAUUUGUCUUUGAAGGGGAUGAUGCCUUUGUGUCUUAUAUUAAGAUCAGACAUCACAACUUAGUUAGGGACGGUUCUCCUUUAUAUGCAUUACAGUAACUUAGUUACCUUUAAAAAGAUUCUUGUUAGAGUAAGCGUAGCAAUAAUAGUUGAUUUUCACAUAUUUUUUUCAGACAAACAAACUUGUUCUUAUCUCCUCCUUCCUUAUGGUGUCCUUUUUACUGAUGGAUUUAACUAGCACUACGGAUGUAUGGCUAGAUUUUCAAACCAGUUCCACUCCCAUUUAGGGACCUUAUGGAAGUAGUCAGAUUUUUCAAAGUGCUCAGCACCCAGGAGUUCUCAUUGAACUCUGGGAGUUAGUGGGUGCUGAGUACUUGAAAGUUUAGCCACUUCAUUUAGGUUCAUAAAUGGGAGCUGAGCUGUUCUGAAAAUCUAGCUUGUACACGGUAAGCCAUACUUUUUUUUUAAGUUUUAAAAAACAAACAAGCCAGAAACAUGGGGCAUUGGUGCCUUUUGUCCUUUGGAUUUUCUGAGGAGAUGAGGCGGAGAGGUAAUAAAGACGACAAACAUAGUAAGAUUCUAGUAAGUACUAAGGCUUUGGAACACUGAAUCAGCCAGUGUUCAAAUGGAUACAGAAGCAGAUGGGAAUGCCAACAGUAAUUUGAAGAAAACAGUCCUGCAUGGGAAAGCUUUUCAGACUGUGUAGUGGGCAAAUACUUAAAUAGCACAGGACAAGAUGACAAUACAACAUAAGUGUUUGUUAUAAACAUUAAUAUAGCUUUCAGUUUAAUUCCAAUUGUACAUGAGACAAUUCAAAAGACUCCAAUAUACCUCUAUCAUAUGAGAUGUAUAUGGAUAAAGCUUUAAUAUUGUGAGAAGUAGGAGUCCAAGAUUUGUAAUGAAUAUUUAGCUGUUAAAGAGAAGUCAGUCCCCAAAGUUGGAGUCUGAUUUUUCAUGCCUUGCAGCUUGCAUAGUCAUUUUUAUAUGUGCAUGGUGUAAACAUGACUACUCACUUUACACAGGUGUGAAUGCAGGUGCAAGGCCAUAGUCAUUUUGGUGGGGCAGAGAGGGGUGAAUUUUACAAUAAAGUAAAAGUACUAAGGCAGUUGAUUUACUGUAAUGUCAGAUGGAAAUAUUUCCCCAAGCAAGCUAUUGCAUAAACACUGAAUAAUGUACUGAUCUGUCAUCUGGCCUUUCUUAUGCCUGGAGGAAGAGAGCAUGACUUUAUAAAAAGUCAUGGAAUUUUGCAAUACAUUAAUUGUGAAAUAAGCUACAAAAUGACUAGAGAAUAAAUUAAGGCCCCAGUCUGCCAACAAGCCCUGGCAGGUCCUGAUACAAUUGAACAGGGCUCCACUGAAAUCGGCUGUGUUUGCUGCAGAUGUGUUUGGAGCUCAUUGCAAGAUUGAGGUUAUGUAUUUCCCCACUUUUUUUUUAAGUUAUCCCCCCCAAUACCAAACAAACAAAAAACAGCUGGUAAGUUCUUCUCCUAAUUCACAUUUCAUUUUGGUUACUGAAAACGAUUCCCCCUCUGUCUGAAGAACAGCACAGGUGAUGACUUGACUGAAUUUAGAGGAUUUCCUUUUCCGGAGUUCUGGAGAGGGUUCCUUGCAGUGAAACAUAAGGCUUCAUUACAGCCCACAACCUUUUUGUGUUGUAUAUUUAUCAAGUCUUAUUUGCUUUAAAAUAGGUUUUGAAUAGGAUGGGGGUUUUGGGGGAGGGAGGAGGUUAGGUGCGAGGGUAAAGAAUGGGGGGAAAAAAAUCAUGGUUUGUAUUAGUGUAAAAUUUUAAGCCAUUAUGAUCAAUAGAAUUUCAGUUCUAAAACAAUAUGUACUGCUCAGUGUUUUGUGACCUUGUAAGCAUAAGUCAACUGUUAGCUUAUACAACAGAUUCCUCAUUAAUGAAGUGAUAAGGAAAAUAAGGUUUAGUUAAGCAACAGAAGCCUUGAUUUUUAACUGUACUUUGGUGCCAUUAGAAUAUACUUGAUUUUGAAAAAAUUUGUUUUUCUACAGUACCCUGACUAUUUCUUCCAAUUUGAUGAUGUGGUUUUACCAGCAUCCAGAGUAUUUUGGCUUACGUGGUUUAUCUGAACAUCUAACUUGCUACACCGAAGCUUUUCUAAGCUAUAAAGCUGUGACAUUAUUUUGUACUUUGUUUGUUUUGAAGUACAAGUGAAUUUUAUUCAUUCUCUUCAAAUUUGCUCUUGCACUUGCAUUUUUGUCUUACCUUUAAAACUGUGAUUCCAACUGCCUGUUUUUCUAGCUCAUUGCAAACGAUAUUCUGGACAAAUACAUGUGCAUGGCUCUGGGUCUUGCUUUUCUCAUCACUUGUAUGUUUAUGUGCAGCAUGGAACUUUAAUAAAAUGUCUUGGUCUUUUUUUAA